UCCUUCUUGUCCUGGUCGUUGUUCCCGUCUGAGUACCAGCUCCCCAUUGCCCUGAGGGCGGGCGGGCCAGAGGCAGAGGGAAGAAAGAGGAGGAGAAGGAAAUUGUCCCGGAUUCUUGCAGCUGUGUCUUCCUGACCACCGCACUGUGUCUAGUGGGUCCGAGCCUCUCCUGGGUGGCCAGUCUUUCCGUAGGUUACGGCACAACGCCAGACAAGAGAAGAGGAAGGAAAUUAACCCUGAUCGGUGAAGGUCGAUUUGAGGGUCUGCUGUAGCAGGUGGCACCGUUUGAAGCUAGGGAGGAAGUUUCCCAGGAUCGGUAGAGAUUGAAAGAUUAUUGGGCGUGGCACACACCCCCAGCCAAGAGAAAAAGAAGCAAACUGCCUAUUUCAAAGAGGUCCACCUCCAGAAUCAGUAUUGUGGUCUUGAAGAGACGGAAGAUCACCCUCUACAGACCUACUUUCAGGCCCACAACCCUCUUUCCCUACCCUGAGUGACUACUCUGUUCCUUGGUCCCUGCUGUUGUCAGGGACGAUUGCAUGGGCUACGCCAGGAAAGUAGGCUGGGUGACUGCAGGCCUGGUGAUUGGGGCUGGCGCCUGCUAUUGCAUUUAUAGACUGACCCGGGGAAGAAAACAGAGCAAGGAGAAAAUGGCAGAGGGUGGCUCUGGGGAUGUGGAUGAUUCUGGGGACUGUUCUGGGGCCAGGUAUAAUGACUGGUCUGAUGAUGAUGAUGAUAGUAAUGAGAGCAAGAGUAUAGUGUGGUACCCACCUUGGGCCCGGAUUGGGACAGAGGCUGGAACCAGAGCUAGAGCCAGGGCAAGGGCCAGGGCUACCCGAGCACGUCGAGCUGUCCAGAAACGGGCUUCCCCUAAUUCAGAUGAUACUGUUUUGUCCCCUCAAGAGCUACAAAAAGUUCUUUGUUUGGUUGAGAUGUCUGAAAAGCCUUAUAUUCUUGAAGCAGCUUUAAUUGCUCUGGGUAACAAUGCUGCUUAUGCAUUUAACAGAGAUAUUAUUCGUGAUCUGGGUGGUCUCCCAAUUGUUGCAAAGAUUCUUAAUACUCGGGAUCCCAUCGUUAAGGAAAAGGCUUUAAUUGUCCUAAAUAACUUGAGUGUGAAUACUGAAAAUCAGCGCAGGCUUAAGAUAUACAUGAAUCAAGUGUGUGAUGACACAAUCACUUCUCGCUUGAACUCAUCUGUACAGCUGGCUGGACUAAGAUUGCUUACGAAUAUGACUGUUACUAAUGAGUAUCAGCACAUGCUUGCUAAUUCCAUUUCGGAUUUUUUCCGUUUAUUUUCAGCGGGAAAUGAAGAAACUAAACUUCAGGUUUUGAAACUCCUUUUGAAUUUGGCUGAAAAUCCAGCUAUGACUAGAGAAUUGCUCAGGGCCCAAGUGCCAUCUUCACUGGGUUCCCUCUUUAAUAAGAAAGAGAACAAAGAGGUUAUUCUUAAACUUCUGGUCAUUCUUGAGAAUGUAAAUGACAAUUUUAAAUGGGAAGAAAAUGAAUCUACUCAGAUUCAAUUCGGUGAAGGGUCACUAUUUUUCUUUUUAAAAGAAUUUCAAGUGUGUGCUGAUAAGGUUCUGGGAAUAGAAAGCCAUCAUGAUUUUUUGGUGAAAGUAAAAGUUGGAAAAUUCAUGGCUAAACUGACUGAGCAUAUGUUCCCAAAGAGCCAGGAAUAAUUUCUUGACUUUGUAGUUUAGAAGCAACACACAUUGUAAACUAUUCCUUUUCUCCACCUUGUUUAUAUGGUAAAGGAAUCCUUUCAGCUGCCAAUUUUAAUGAAUACCAUAUUGUAUCAUCAAUGCUGAUAUUUAACCAAGUUGGUCUUCAGGUUUAAGCUGGAUAAAUGAAUAUCACUACUUGUUCUGAAAACAUGUUUGUUGCUUUUUAUCUCGCUGCCUAGAUUGAAGUAUUUUUUACUAUUUCCUCUACGUAAGUGACAGUGAACCAAUUCGUCAUGAGUAAGCUCCUUUUGGUCAUUUGCAAUGAUUUCAUUUGUGUAUCAUCAAUAAAGUUAUGUGUUAAUGCUGGAAAGAAAAAAGAAAGAAGAAAGAAAGAAAUGAUUCUUGUCCUUUGGUUUAUAAUCUAGUUGGAGAGAUAAGAAACAUACAAACCAAAAGAUAACUGAGGAUAUCCAGAGCAGACACUCAUUGUCAGAUGUGUGCCCUCAGAGCACAGAGGAGGCAAAGGAUUCUGUGGGAUAUGCCAGUCAGCUAAAGUUUCAUGGAGGAGAUGGAUUUGUAAAUGAGCCCUGGAUAGGGUAUGGUGGUUAGGAUGUUACAGAAUCCAGGAGAGAAUGGUGUGAGAAAGGCAUUAAGGUAGGAACCUUCUUCCUAUGAUAGUCUGAGAGCAGCCUGCUUGCAGUGGACAGCAUGGGCAAUAGGAGUGAAUAAAUGAGGAAAGUUAGGUGAAGACAGUUGUAGAAAGCUGUUUCAAUUUUGUCUCACUGGACGCUGAGAGUCACUAAAUAUUUUUGGCUAAAAAAAUAUUGGAAUCCACAUAAAUGAACCCCUCUCUCCUGUGCAGUGUCAGUGAGGGUGUGGCAAAACGGACCCUAACAAAUCCUAGUGGUGGCAGUUUGCUAAUUCAUAUCAUAAGCCUUAAAA